AUGGCAGCAGCGGCCUCCGGGAUUGCUGCAUCCGUCAAGGAUACUCUGGUCGGAACAGAUCAGCCGCCAUCCAUCACAGCCGAGUCACGACGGACAUUUGAUCGUUUUGCUCAGCAGGCGGAUGCGAAGGGUGAGCGAUGGAUGACACCGGAUGGUUUCAUUGAUGCCAUGACCCUCUCCAACCCAGAUGAAGACUUCCACAAGAUCAAGCGGGAACAGUAUGGCAUCCUCUUUCAAGCGGCAGAUAGACAACGGCGUGGCAAACUCACAAUGGGCGAAUGGACAGUCUUUACAAACUUGCUGGCAAAGCCGGAUGCAGAGUAUGAGAUUGCCUUUCGGUUGUUUGAUGUCGAGGGGACGGGCAAGGUGGAGUACGAUACAUUCACACGUAUCUUGAAGGAGAAUCAAGGACCCGACUCGAUCCCCUUCAACUGGGAAUCUAAAUGGAGCAACUUGUAUGUCGGUCAACCUGGCAACCGGCACACCAUGACGUAUACGCAAUUCGCACAGAUGCUGCGUGGCUUGCAAGGUGAACGCGUUCGUCAGGCCUUUCAGUACUUUGAUCGCGACAAUAAUGGAUACAUCGAGCCAGAUGAAUUUGCCACCAUUAUACAACGCACGGCCGCUCACAAACUUUCGGAUCACUUGCUCGAGAACUUGCAAACACUCUGUAACCUUGGCGAAUCGUCCAAGAUCUCCUACUCAACGGUGCGUGCCUUUUCAAACUUGAUUCGCGAAGCAGACAUGGUGGAUAAUAUCGUUCGCGUGGCUGUAGGCAAAUCACCCGACGGCAACAUCACAAAGACAGACUUCCUCAUCCAAGCAUCUCGCAUGACGCGAUACGCUCUCUUCACACCUAUGGAAGUUGAGAUUCUCUUUCAUUUCGCAGGGUUGGACAAUCCAAGCGGUCGGCUUGGCCUAGAAGACUUUAAUCGCGUCUUUGAUCCUUCUUGGCAAGACCGCUACAGUGACUUUGGCUCAAAACCACUCGGUGAGAAAUUGGCAGAUGCUGCUGCUGCACCGUCUGCCUUUCUCGGUGAUUUGGUGGAUGGCAUUUAUCAUUUCGCAUUAGGUGCUGUUGCUGGUGGAUUCGGUGCUUCUGUCGUGUAUCCCAUUGAUCUCGUCAAGACACGCAUGCAAAAUCAACGUUCUGCCGUGGUGGGUCAACUGUUGUAUAAAAACUCGCUCGAUUGCUUCAAAAAGGUUAUUCGUAAUGAGGGCUUCAAGGGACUGUACAGUGGUCUUGGACCACAGUUGAUUGGAGUUGCCCCGGAAAAGGCCAUCAAGUUGACGGUGAAUGAUCUCAUUCGUGGACGUGCGCGGAAAGACGAUGGAUCCAUCACAUUGCCAUGGGAGAUUCUGGCUGGUGGUAUGGCAGGUGGUUGUCAGGUUAUCUUCACCAAUCCACUUGAGAUUGUCAAGAUUCGUCUGCAAGUACAAGGUGAGCUCGCCAAGAAUGUGGCAGGUGUACCGCGUCGUUCUGCAUUGUGGAUCGUCAAGUCUCUUGGUUUGCUUGGGUUAUACAAGGGUGCAUCCGCCUGUUUGAUGCGUGAUAUUCCCUUCAGUGCCAUCUAUUUCCCUACCUAUGCGCACCUCAAAAAGGACUACUUUGGUGAAUCACCCACAAAAUCACUCGGUAUCUUGCAAUUGCUCACGGCUGGUGCCAUUGCCGGUAUGCCUGCCGCGUACCUGACCACCCCUGCCGAUGUCAUCAAGACGCGUCUGCAAGUGGAGGCACGCAAGGGUGAUACCAACUACCGCGGUAUCACGCACGCCUUUUCAACAAUCCUUCGGGAAGAAGGUCCCAAGGCACUAUUCAAGGGAGGUCCAGCACGUAUUCUCCGGUCCUCUCCACAAUUUGGUGCGACGCUUGCUGCGUAUGAGUUCUUGCAACGUUCCUUCCCAUUGCAUCCGACAGAAGCACUAGCCAUGAGCGAUGGUACGGGUGCCGUGACGGGUGGUGCUGCACAGAGUCAAGCACCGUUGCCGUACUUGCGCUCACGCAAUGCUCUCAAGAUUAUUCUUGAUUUGGAUGUCAACUGGGGUAAUUACAAGAACCUCAAGGCGCCGCCGGUCCUUGGUCAAUAG